AUGGAAGGAGACUUGGACUCUGGCAGUGAUUCCGAGAUGAGGGUCAUGCAUCUAGGUGGAAAUCAACCGCAGCAGGACGUUCAGGUGGACCUGGAAGGAACUAAGGAUUGGCUGCGUGGAUUAGUGGGACCUACUUUGUUGACCUUGGAUCUUGACGCUUGGAAUGUUACAACACGACCAAGAUACUUGAAUCAAUAUCUUUCAAGAAAUACAUCCAUCAAUCUAGCUCACCACUGCAUUGAAGUACGAGAUGAAGAAGAAUUUAAGCAAUGGAUAUUCAUAUCAUCUGGAGGUUGUAUAGUACGAAUGCCUAAUGAAAACAAUCAUAAAUCUGAUUUACUUGAGUACCUUCGAACUCGUAUGAAUGUUAUUGCACACAAGUCUCCUCACCCACAGGUUCUCAACUCUGGCUCACCAGUAAUCACUGUUGCAAUGAUGCAGAAAGCUCUAAUUGAAAUUGACGUUCCCAGAAUCCGUUUAAACUCAUACGGAAUGAAAUGUCCAUUGCCUUUGGUGGAAGGAAAUAUUGGCGAAGAAUUAAUUUCUGAAGACUCAUCUCUUGCCAAUUUGAACACAUUUGAUAUUGGAUUUACAUAUAAAUGUGAUAAAAUUAUCUUGGCAAGUCUUCCUAGGAGGACAAUUGGCUUGGAUGGUUAUCCUAUGCUUUUGGGACUUGGAAAAGGCUUUGGAACCGUCUUGAUCAAACAAUACAAUUCUCCAAUUCUUCGAGUCAAGGGAUAUCCAGUUCUUGUCCAUGCUUUGAAGGCCACCUCUCAGAAAAACAUGAAGUCUACCCCAAAGUUUACCAAGGGCUGGCGUGAUAGAUUGGCACAGGUCAGGAGAAAGCUCAAUAUCCUGCGUGAGAAUGAUCCCCAGGAUUUAUGUGGAUUCCGAUUUGAGGCUACUGUGCAAGCAAAAACUUUACUGGAGGCUCAAGAAAUUGUUCACACAUCUGGCUGUUUGACUUUUCAACAUUAUUUGACCAAUGAUUCAGAGCCGCAUGUUAAUGAUCGGCUACAAUUCAUAGCCAUAGGUGUCGAUGAAUACUUUCAGCACCUUGAACAAAUACUUGUAAAGGUAGAGAAUACACCUAUCAGUCUCAGAAAUGUUUCUAAUAUUGAAGUCAGCAAGGAGCAAAGGCAGAAGCUAAUUGAUCUUCAAAAUGCUCUGGGUUGGAAUCUCGGUAAAUUUUUUAGACCCACAAGAUGGGAUGACCCAAAUGCAUGGUGGCUUGAUGAUAACGAAGACCAAGCUAGCAAUGAUAGUCAUGAUGUUGAGGUCACCGAAUCUGAAAGAUAUUGGAUUGGUGGCCCCGAAACUGAUGAUUGGAGCCCAAAGGACCUAUGGGAUUUGAGACCGUUAAGGGCAGUUCCAUGUCCUGACUGUGCUAGGGAUCCAAAUCGAAUAAUUCCCCAAAAAACCAAAUCAAUGCCCUAUCCUUAUGGGUCUAUGGUAAAGGUUGGUGGCUCUGGCCGACUUGGGUUGGUAUGUAACAAUAAGGAUAAUUACUUCUACCUGAAAAGCACCGCAGAGGAAGAAUGGGAACAAGAUCUAACUGGAAGGGCCCUUCACCUUCUCCUGAGCUUUGGGACAAACCUGCAAGAGUACGAAUACCUUCACCAGUUUCUUCUAAAGACGAAACAGACAGAGAUGAUUCAAGACCUAGAACAAGGGCUCAAACAAGAUUAA